GCGCUUGAUGGCUGACAACACCGCCAAGAUACGUGGCCCGUGUAUGUUCCGCUGGUCGUGUUCUUGUUUAUAUUUUUUACUAGAAAAUAUCGUGAAAAAACACUCCAUAAGCCGUACACGGCUUAACCAGCACCAUGAACCCACAAUACCUGCCCCCAGGGCCGAACAACAAUGCACCGAACAACCCACUUGGCUCUGACUACAACGGAGUCCAAAACGCCAACAUGUACAGUCAGAAUGGGCCACACAAGCCAUAUGACAGCGACAUGGCCCAGAAAAUGCAGGGCAUGAACUUGAACGGAGCUCAGGGCUUCUCUCAACUACCACCCGGACAGGUACCACCUGGUGCUUUCCCGCCAACAUCCAAUAUUGGUGGACAGCCUGGAUUCCGACCACCGAGUGCAGGACAGUUUCCACCGAGACCAAUGCCUGGGCAGCAACCGCAAAGUCAGACUCCUAAUUUAGAAAACAGGCCGUUCCCACAAGGGCCUAUGCAAGCAAGACCACCUAGUCAGCAAGGUCCCGGGCCGAUGCCAAAUCGUCAACCUCCUGGGCCUAUGGGGCCUCAAGGGCAAUUGCCUCCUGGUGCUCAACCUCAUCCUGGUAUGCCACCAAGUUCGCAACCAGGCCAGAUGCCUCCAGGCCAAGGUCCUCCAAGUCAGUUUGGUCAGAUGCCUGGACACGGUCCACCUGGCCAAUUACCUCCAGGACAAAUCCCUCCUAGUCCCCAUAUGCCUCCUGGCCCUCAACCUGGAAGCCCGCAGAGCCAGCCUGGUCAAAUACCAUCACAAGGACCGCCUGGGCAAAAUCUUCAAGGUCCAGGACAACCUCCAAGUUUACAAGCACAGUUGCCUCCACAUAGUCAGCAAGGACCUCAAGGUCCGGGACCUAUGGGUCCUCCUGGACAUAAACCUAUGCAACCACCAAUGCCUGGGCAACCACCAAUAACUCAACAACCACAAAUGCCAGGACAACCGCCAAUGCCUCAGCAGUCACAAAUGCCAGGGCAACCACCGAUGCCUCAGCAACCGCAAAUGCUAGCUCAACCACCAAUGCCACAGCAACCACAAAUGCCAGGACAGCCUCUAAUGUCCCAGCAACCACAAAUGCCAGGGCAAUCACCUAUGCCUCAACAACAAAGGCUACCAGGCAUGCCACCUUUUGGAGCGCCUCAGUUUCCUCAAGGGCAACCACCACAACCAGGGUUACCGCCGCAACCUGGGCAACCUCAAGAGCCUGGGCAACCGCCACAAAUGCCUGGGCAACCGCCACAAAUGCCCGGGCAACCGCCUAUGUCUGGCCAACAACCGAUGCCUGGCCAGCAAAUGCGUCAACCAGGAUUGCCGCCUCAACCCGGUGUACCCCACAACAAACCACCAACAUCGCAAUUUAGCCAGUACUCUUCGUCGUUACCCGGCAUGCCGCACAUGCCGCCCCCGCUGCAGCAAAAGGGACCUUAUGGUCAACCUCCAAUGCCUGGGCAACCCCCAAUGCCAGGACAACAAAUGCCCGGGCAACCCCCAAUGCCGGGACAACAAAUGCCCGGACAACCCCCAAUGCCGGGACAACAAAUGCCUGGACAACCCCCAAUGCCAGGACAACAAAUGUCUGGACAACCCCCAAUGCCAGGACAACAAAUGCCCGGACAAGCAAUGCAGCCAAUGAUGGGUCAGCAGAUGGGACAACCACCCAUGCCUGGGCAACCGCCGAUGCAGCAAGGGUAUCAGCAACCGCAAUCCGGGUACCCGCAACAGUACCAGCCCCCAUUCCCAGCUCAGCAACCCGGAUACCCCGCCCAGUACGGCCAGCAGCCUCAAAAGCGGCUGGAUCCUGACCAGAUGCCAAGCCCCAUCCAAGUAAUGGCUGACGACCAGGCGAGCCGCGGGGGCGUGUUCAGCACCAAUGAGAAGGGCGCCGUACCACCGCUAGUUACUACCGACUUCAUUGUCGACGAUAAGGGGAAUGCUAGUCCGCGAUUCAUCAGAAGCUCUAUGUACAACGUGCCAGUGACAGCUGAUCUGUUAAAACAAACCGCCAUGCCGUUCUGUCUUGUGAUAUCUCCCAUGGCAGAAACCUUCGAGCAAGAGCGGCCGCCCCCUCUCCUGGAUUUCGCAGCCCUGACGGGGAGCCCAACGUUGGGCCCGGUGCGGUGUUCGCGCUGCAAGGCCUACAUGUGCCCUAACAUGAAAUUUAUAGACGCUGGAAGGCACUUUAAGUGCGCCUUCUGCAAGGCUACCACUGAAGUACCCAUGGAGUACACACAGUACAUCAACAGCAUGCAGCAAUACGGACAUCUGCCGGCAGAAAUGGCGCUCGGAGCCUACGAGAUCGUCGCUACUAAGGAGUACUGUCGAAAUAACACGCUGCCCAACCCGCCCGCCAUAGUGUUUCUAAUCGACGUGUCCUACAAUUCGAUUAAAAGCGGCCUCGUCCAUACCAUCUGCGAGAACAUACAGGAGAUUAUUGAGGCGAUACCUAAAGACGAGCAAACUGGUAAAAGCUGGACCCGCGUCGGUUUCAUCACCUACAGUUCCACCGUCCACUUCUACAACAUCAAGGGUUCUCUAGCCCAGCCCCAAAUGAUGUCCGUAGGCGAUGUAGCGGACAUGUUCGUGCCCUUACUGGAAGGGUUCCUUGUGACGCCGGAGGAAAGUGGGGUGGUGCUGCAAGCACUCUUACAGCAGCUGCCCAAUAUGUUUGCCGACAACAAGGAGACGGAAACGAUAUUGCUGCCAGCCGUGCAGGCGGGAUACGAAGCGCUAAAAGCGGCAGAUACAUCAGGUCAACUGCUCGUGUUCCACACAACUUUGCCCUCCUACAACGCGCCGGGCAAACUCAUCAACAGGGAGGAUAGGAAAUUACUUGGCACGGAUAAGGAGAAACAGAUCACUUCACCGCAAACGACAGCAUACAACGAGCUAGGCCAGCUAUGCUCUCAAGCCGGCGUGGCCGUGGAGUUGUUUAUAUGCAAUAAUGCGUAUGUGGAUUGUGCUACCAUCGGCCAGCUGCCCAGGCUAACUGGAGGAGAGCUACACAAGUACACUUACUUCCAGGCGGACUUAGACGGACCCAGAAUAGUAUCCGACGUGAUCCGUGUAGUGUCCCGUCCGACCGCGCACGACGCAGUGAUGCGCGUGCGCACGUCCACCGGCGUCCGCGCCACCGACUUCUAUGGACAUUUCUUCAUGUCUAAUACUACUGAUGUCGAACUGGCUGCCAUUGACGCGGACAAAGCGAUCGGCGUAGAAAUCAAGCAUGACGACAAACUAACAGGCGAAGACGGCGUAUAUAUACAGGCUGCUCUAUUAUACACACACCGCAGCGGCCAGAGGAGAUUGAGGGUGCUCAAUCUGGCGUUAGGAGCGGCGCCGCAGCUGGCAGAUGUUUAUCGGAGUAUGGAGCUCGAUACGACACUCAACUUCCUUACGAAACAAGCCGUCUGGGCGCUGAGAGAGCACACCCCGCGCCUGCUCCGCGAGGGCCUGGCCGCGCGCUGCGCCAAGUCCCUCGCCGCCUACAGGAGGCACUGCGCCUCGCCGUCCAGCGCCGGCCAGCUGGUGCUGCCGGAGAGCAUGAAGCUGCUGCCGCUUUAUACUAGCUGUGUGCUGCGAUCGGACGCUUUAGGAGCAGGCACGGACAUAACCUGCGACGACAAGUCGUGCGCGAUGUACCGCGCGCUGACCGCGGACGUGCGCACGUCCGUGGUGUACACGUACCCGCGCCUGCUGCCGCUGCACCGCCUCGCCGAGGAGCCCACGCUCACGCCGCUCAGGGCUUCCAUGGAUAAAAUGAAUGAUCAAGGAGUUUAUCUAUUAGAAAAUGGCGUCCAUAUGCUAAUCUGGGUCGGCUCGCAAGCCCCGCUCGACUUAGUACGGGACGUGUUCGACGCGGCAUCCCCUCAACAAAUUGACACACGCGUAUGCACGUUACCUGAGCUGGACAACCCACUCAGCGUCGCUGUGAGAGGCGUAUUAGAAGAUGCGACUAGAUCUAGAAGAAAGGCCAUGAGGCUAACCGUGAUGCGCCAACACGACAAGCUGGAGACGGUCCUCCGGCACUUCCUGGUGGAGGACCGCGGCGUGGACGGCUCCUCCUCCUACGUGGACUUCCUCUGCCACAUCCACAAGGAGAUCCGCGCAUUACUAUAGCAUUUGUACUAUUAAGCGCACUCGUCCCGCGGUAAGCGUUUAUAGUGCGCUUUCGAUUUCAACUUACAAUUCUCACAUUCACUGGACUGGAUAGGGAACUUUGUAGAGGUUGACAAAGACUUGACGACAACGUGUCGUGAUUAGCGUAGCGUAUGUAUCAAAAACUAUCCACGGCUCUUCGACCUACGUGGACUUCCUCUGCCACAUCCACAAGGAGAUCCGCGCGUUGCUAUAGCAUUUGUACUAUUAACGCGCUUAAUGGCGCGUAUUACGCACGCGGUGGGUAAAGGCCCUUAUAGUGCGCUUUCGAUUUCAAUCUACAAUAAAAUUGUUACCUUAACUGAUUAGGUGCAUGUUAAAAUACAGAAAACUUCCAUGCCUAUGACUUGACGACAACGUGUCGUGAUUGGCGCUGAAUGAAUUAAUCAUUAUAACUAUUAUUAAAUACACUAUAUUUACCAUGUAUAAUACUUUUUCCGUGUUACUCUGUAAAAAUAUAUUUUUAACAUAUUGGAAACAAAAAAAAAUGCAUGGUAUAAAUCUAGGUCUUAAUAGUAGUUAUGAAAAUGACCGUGUUAGCUUGAAAUCGUAUAUUUAGCAUUGUCAGGUCUCAACAAGACUAGCCAGAUCGCAUUUUAAAAAGGCCUGUAACUAGUAGUUUUUUUGCCUGUUGUGUUAGAAUUAAACCAUAUUAGUCAAUAAGAGACAGGCAAGCUGGACGGUUCCUCGUCUUACGUGGACUUCCUCUGCCACAUCCACAAGGAGAUCCGCACGUUGCUACAGAAUUUGUAUUUUUAUUAACGCGGUUAAUGGCGCGUAUUACGCACGCGGUGGAUAAAGGCCCUUAUAGUGCGCUUUCGAUUUCAAUCUACAAUAAAAUUGUUACCUUAACUGAUUAGGUGCAUGUUAAAAUACAGAAAACUUCCAUGCCUAUGACUUGACGACAACGUGUCGUGAUUGGCGCUGAAUGAAUUAAUCAUUAUAACUAUUAUUAAAUACACUAUAUUUACCAUGUAUAAUACUUUUUCCGUGUUACUCUGUAAAAAUAUAUUUUUAACAUAUUGGAAACAAAAAAAAAUGCAUGGUAUAAAUCUAGGUCUUAAUAGUAGUUAUGAAAAUGACCGUGUUAGCUUGAAAUCGUAUAUUUAGCAUUGUCAGGUCUCAACAAGACUAGCCAGAUCGCAUUUUAAAAAGGCCUGUAACUACUAGAUUUUUGCCUGUUGUGUUAGAAUUAAACCAUAUUAGUCAAUAAGAGACAGGCAAGCUGGACGGUUCCUCGUCUUACGUGGACUUCCUCUGCCACAUCCACAAGGAGAUCCACGCGUUGCUACAGAAUUUGUAUUUUUAUUAACGCGGUUAAUGGCGCGUAUUACGCACGCAGCUGGUAAAGGCCCUUUUAGCGCGAUUCUAUCCGUAGGUAUCAAAAACUAAAACGACUUAACGACAACGUGUUGUGAUUGGCGUAUACCUCUGCCACAUCCAUAAAGAGGUACAAGCGGUGCUAUAGCAUUUGUACUAUUAAGCGCACAGCGGGCAGAGGGCGGUAUAUGACAUUUUAUAAUGAACAGCUUGGAUUUCAACUAUUAUUGUCAGAUUCGCUAAGAUAUCAAAAACUCCAUCGUAACGACUUGACGACAACGUGUCGUGAUCGGCGUAGACGUUUAGGCUUAGGUAAGCUUUUAGCGUGUUUCAAUCCAUAUGGGUCAUACACAUAUAUGGGAGCAUUUAGUGCCAAUAACGAUAUUACCGUGAAAUGGGUAAAAUGGGUUUUUCGCUACAAUAACAGGCUGCGGGCGGGCCUAAGCAAAGCAGUUAUGUUCGUACUUUUGUCACUAAUCUAUAUCAGUAGACAUGAAUGAUAAUAAUUUUAAGUCAAAUAUUACAAUAAUUAUUGAAGUUUUAAAGGAAACAUGCUAAUUGUAAUUUUAAAACUGAGUCAGUGGUGGGACACCUCCUUUCGGGCAAACUCGGCUUCACUCGGCUCAGCAUUGCUCCGAGCAAUUAUUAGGGUUGACACAACUUGACGUCCCUUUGUGUGCACGACCACAGAUGACUUGAAUUUUGACAACCUUAAAUAGCCGAAAGGGAUAGUGCCAUACAUUAGAAAGGGAUAGCAUGAUUCGACCCUGAAUUGCUAUCAAACUUCGGGUUUGUAGGAAAUGCCCUUUCUGUACGGUAGUAAUAUUACUUAUUCUGUGACUGAGUUAGCAUAAUCUGCGCACCAUUUUAAAGCAUCACGACAACGUGUCGUGAGUGGUAAUGAGGGCUAUCGUUUUUUGCUCACCAGUUGGCGCCUCUGUUGAUGGUGGUCCAAAAGACUAAAGAACAGCUGUCAGUCAUUGAAGUGACAAGUGACAUUUGAUAUUUCGAACUAUGGAAAAGACCACCAUCUACACUAGCACCCCUAGCGGCGAAUUCAUACGCGUUAGCCCUCAUUGUAUGGUGACGUAAUUACAUUAGGUGCUGUCAAACACAAAAGACCCAGCGAAUAUAAGUAACUGCUAAAACAACAAUUACUAUUGUGUAGUUGAAAUCUAAAGCCAAAGUAAAAUUAACCAUAGCCUCGUAAGGCCCACUAAGUUUCCCUAUUUUUAAUUUGAACCUAUUGUAUAGUAGAUAUUAGGGUGACUUUUGUUUGUUUUAGAAAACAGUGAAACGAAAUGCUACUUUAUUCAGUUUUUGAAAGUUUCGAAUUGGAUUGAAACAAAGUGUACAUUUUUAGCCUUAGGUUAAUACCGCCCGCGGCAAUCGAAAUAUUGGCAAGUUAUCGCGCGAUUGACAUUGUAAAUGCGAAUAAGACUUUGUCAUUUGUUAUAUUUUGAAAUAUUUGUACAUUGAAUGAAUGAAUGAGAAGUUAUCUGAUGUUAAAACAUUCUUUCAUACACGGUAAACUCAUAAUUAAUGAUUUAACAACUGAAAAGUUAUUCUCAAUCUACUAUUCUGUGUCUAAAAUCCACAGAAAGGAGAUUUUUUUAUAUGAUCUUCAGUAUGUCUGAGUGUCACACAUAGAAUGAAAGAGUAUUUAGAAUUAAGCUUCAAUUGAGUAUUACUUGAAAAUACUGAUGUUAACUAGAUAUUUCAUUUUAUUCGUUAUUAACGAAAGUAUGAUUGUUUACUCAAUUGAAGUUUAAUUUUAAAGUAGACCAAGCUGACUCUGCAGCGUAAUAAUUUGACAACCACUUAAAAAAAAAAAUAUGGCAAUAUUUCUUAGCUGUCACAAAGACAUGUUGAUGAUAGGUAAGUGGAAUGAGACAUCUUAAUAGUUGCACCAUAUUCGGAAAAUAUAAUAUUAGUUUAAACCAAGGUUAUAAGGUUUAAUUUCACAGAAUAUUGACCACACCAAAUAGAAUAAUUCACAAAUAUGAAGACUAUUUAAUACUUUUUCUGUGUUGUCACAUACUGAUUGUCAAGAACUACCUACUUUUUAUCGAACGCUGCAGUUAGCUUGCUAAAGCUCUAUAUGUUUAAUCAUAAUCAGUUAAAUCGUUAAUUAGAGUUUCAUUAAAUCUUAAAAUACCGCUAAUGUGAAUCAAGUAUUUGAUAACUAAAAUAAUGUCCGGCGAAUAUGAAUAACUAGUUAUUUGUCAAACAAAAUGUAUUCAUGUUCCCCACCCGUUAUUCCAUCAUAGCUAGGAUUUUGUAUUAUAUUCCAUGUCUAUUUUACGUUAUUAAAAUAAUUUUGUUAAAAUUAUAGAUAUUAUAAUCGAUUACGAACACACCUGUGUAAAUAAAUUAUUGGCAUUAAUUGUUAUUGUUUUGAUUUAUUAUAUCGGAGCGGCCAAGGUGCUGAAUAAUAUCUGAACACACUGUCUUGAUUAUAGAGGCUUAGUUCGGUUCAGAUAUUUGGGAAUACCUUCGCCGCUCUUUGGCGACUGUAUGUCUAUAGGGAAGGCAAACACAUGGUCAUAUAAAAAAAUAUUUAAUACUAUGAUAUUGUAAUUACGUAUUAAAAUCCAUUUACAGCCUUCCCUGUGCUUAAUGCCAAUGACUACACAUAUCGUCGCAAUACUUACUCACCCUCAUAUCUGCAACAAUCAUUUGAUGGAAAUGUCGCUUUUCUUUCAUUCGGAAUACGGGUGUUUUUGUCAUCAAAUGUGUUGCAGAUACGAGGUUGAGUAAGUAUAGCGGCGAUAUUCGUCAAUGCGGUGUUAAGGCUAUUUUGAGUUAACAGGUAAAUGACAGAUUAGAUAAGAUUUUUAGUGACAUGGCAAUUCUUCCACUUGUAAUAUAAUGCUAGAUCGUAAAUCUGUUUAGUCAGCGAAAAUAGAAAAGUAAGUUGUUUAUAGAAUGACGAUUCAAACAUAGAAUAUAAAAACAAGUUACUUCACUAAUUUUGUUCCUUUAGGAACAUAAUGUUGAAUUCUCAUAAUGUUGGAUUCUCAAAAUGUUGAAUCUCAAAAUGUUGAAUUCUCCAAAUGUUGAAAAUUAAAGCUUAAUGUUGAAUACUCGAAAUUUUGGAUUCUCAAAAUGUUGAAUUCUCAAAAUGUUGAAUUCUCAACUUAGCUAGACGGAGCUCCGCUUCGCGAGGCUCCUAUUUUUGGGCGGUUUGCCCUUCGGGCAUCUGAAGCUACCUAACAAGCCUAACCUAACCUACGCUUUAUUCCCCAGUGUAAUGUUUUCACGGAUAUCACACUAAAUCAAUAGCAUAGAGUAACUGAUACUAGAGCGUUACUAUCAUAGUAAAUUUUGUAACCCCAGUAAAUUCACUGCCAUCUGUCGACACACUUUAAAACUAAAAAUGAAGAUUUAUAAAAAUACGAUAGAAUGUAUUUAAAUAUAGAUAAAUGAUUUUUUUAUUUGCAUUAAUUAUUUUUAUGAUUUUGACCCAUGUUCUUUCACUGAUAUGCGUUAAAAUUGUUAAAUAACAAACGAAACCGUCAACGCCAUCUAUACGACUGUAGGCCAAAACUAGUAGCGCCCUCUGAACGAGAAUCAAAUUUUCUUGAUUUUCGAGGCACGUUUUUUCCUUAGACUGUAUCCAUCUAUUACGGAGUUAUAUCUAUCUUUGUCAAUAGGUAGGUAGGUUAGGUUCGUUAGGUAGCUUCAAAUGCCCGAAGGGCAAACCGCUCAAAAAUAGGAGCCCCGCCCGUCUAGUUAAGUUGAGUAUUCAACAUUUUUAUAAUUCAACAUUCUGAGAUUCAACAUUUUGGGAAUCCAACAUUUCGAGAAUUCAUCAUUUUGAGAAUUCAACAUUUCGAGAUUCAACAUUUUGAGAAUCCAACAUUUCGAGAAUCCAACAUUAUGAGAAUUCAACAUUAUGUUCCUAAAGGAUUUUGUUAUAGUUUAGUGUGAAAUUAAAUUUGUUUAUUAUUUACUAUGUAUUAUUGAAAUUAUAUUCAAUUACUUAAGAGAUAGGUAUUCAAUAAACAAUUUUUAUAUUA